UACUGCUAAAACCAUACAGUGCAAGAACCGUUGAGGGCGAGACAUGUUAAAAUUUAAUCUGAACCAGAAUCACAAACAUCAAGAUUCCUUUCGAUUCCCAUCUCUGAUCACCACAUUCGCGAGAAACUGCAGCACCACGGACAAUUCCACACCCGCCCCGCCCUCAGGGAAAGAUUGACAUCUGGGUAUCCGAUAUCUCACCAAGCGGCACCAGCUACAUCCAAUCAACUGAGGAUCUGGGACUUGCAGUCGUUGCCCGUGGAUACAACAGGGGGAGCUUCAAAGCUGUUGUUUACAGUUGAGCGGCAGUCUGACUGGAGGACUCUGACUGGACAGAGGCAUCGGCGAAUUUUCUUGCAGAUGGGCUAAAAGCGAACCAUCUGGGAAGCGCGUGGACAGUAGUUAUCACCAUCGCACCUAAAGAAUAUAGCAAUCUCCACAUUAUCUUGUAGAUGCUGACCGGUCGCUGAUAGAAUCACUGACUGGUGCGCAUCUUGUCUGGGUUGCUAUAGGACAAAAGCAGGAUCUUAUAUUUCUCCUCUUACAACUGACAAGCUUUUUGUCGGACAAAACGCACGGGGCGAGAUGGAUAACGAAAAGUACUUGCCAGAACUGAUGGCGGAGAAGGAUUCUCUGGACCCGUCCUUCCAGCACUCAUUGCGGCUUCUUGAUCAAGAAAUCGAAAAGGUUCAGAAAGAUGAAGACAAAGAGGAUGAGAAGUUCAUUGAUGUUGUCAUCAACAAGAACAUGAAACUGGGACAGAAGGUUUUGAUCCCUGUAAAACAAUUUCCCAAAUUCAAUUUUGUGGGUAAACUCCUGGGCCCUCGAGGGAACUCAUUAAAGAGACUGCAGGAGGACACGCUGACCAAGAUGUCCAUCCUCGGCAAGGGAUCCAUGAGAGACAAAGAAAAGGAAGAAGAACUGCGAAAGAGCGGAGAGACAAAGUAUCACCACCUCAACGAAGAUCUUCAUGUGCUGAUCGAGGUGUUCGCACCGCCCGCUGAAGCAUAUGCAAGAAUGGGUCACGCUCUAGAGGAGAUCAAAAAAUUUCUUAUUCCUGACUAUAACGAUGAGAUCAGACAGGCUCAGCUACAGGAGCUGACGUAUCUGAACGGCGGCUCGGAGGACGCCAAAGUCCCAGCAGCCAGAGGCAAGAGCAGCACACGAAGCAGAGGAACUUCAGUGCCGGGAUCACACAGGUGUAGAGGAGGCGUUCCUCCUCCUCAGGCUGCAGUCCCGCGGGGGGUGGCGCCCAGAGGAGCUCCGCCCAGCAGGGUUCCGUCCAGCAGAGUAAGGGGUGUUCCCUCACAGAGAGCACGAGGAGCUCCGCCCCCACCCGGGUACAGACCUCCCCCUCCAGUGGUGCAGGAUACCUAUGGCGAAUAUGAAUACGAUGAUGGAUAUGGAACAGCCUAUGAUGACCAGGGAUAUGACUCAUAUGACAACAACUACAACAAUCAGGCACCGAAUUCAGAUGAUUAUUAUGAAUACAGCCAUGGUAUCAGCGGAGAAUCAUAUGACUCUUACGGCCCGGAGGAAUGGACAAACAACCGUAACAAGGCGCCACCAGCAAGGACAAGCAAAGGAGUGUACAGAGAGCAGCCGUAUUCCCGGUUCUGACCUGCUACAAUCCUUCAUGUGCCCUCCCAAGUAAUGGAUUUUCUAUGGACUCUAUUUCCUUUUUUGCAAAUAAAAUCAACCAAAAUGACAAAAAUAGCUGAUGGGUAAAAUGUUGUUUCUAUGGAACUGAUUCUGGACGACCCCCACAAACGGAACAUUACGGAUCACUGGAUUAUGUAGUUUAAAUUGGAGAACCAAUCAGAAUUCAAAAAGACCUACUUAUGGCGGGGGGAGGCGGGCACUAGCGGUUAGGGGCGGAGUUAUAUGAGGAGUGCGAUUUACGAUGUACGUUUAGAUUUAGCAGGUCAGUUUUUGUAGAUACUUUUUUUUUUGAUGGGUGAUCAGCUUCAACGUGUCCCUUGUAAAUCUUACCUUUAACUAGAGGGAAAAAAAGUAAAAGAAAAUCUCAAAAAGUGCAAAUGUUGUUUUCCUUCCUCCUUUCUCUUUUCUAAAUGGAAAGUUCUUCAGUGUUAAAGGGCUUAUAGGAGCAUGUCGUGAAAAAAAAUUAAAAUAAUAAUAACUAUGUGCAGUUUCAGUUGCAAUGAGAAAAGCCUGCGUAGUUCUGUCUGGUUUUUGUGUUGAGCGUUUAAACCCUUUAAUGAGCUCUGUGGUAAUAGGUGUUUUCUUCUAGUGAGCGAUCUACUUUUAGACCUUCUGAAGAGCGUCUGAAUUGACAGUUUUGUGCAAUUAAUCCAAAUGACUAAAAUUCCCAAUUCAAUUUCAUAAUUUCAGUUGAAAUAUGAGAGUUCCUGCACACUUUACUGUGCAAUUUUAAUGCAUUAUAGCCCAUUUAGGCCUUUAUACGGCUCUAAUGUUGGCUUUCAAUUAGUAUUUUAUUUAGCGCGGAUGGGUUAAAAAUAGUGACAAAGCAUUAAAAAAACAAGAAAAGACUAAACCGAAGCAUUUCUUGUGCAAUUCAGCAGUUUUUGGCACAUUAUGUAUCCUUGAAAACGUGUUGAAAUGCAUUUUAAGUGCACAGCAAAGAGCUAUGGACAUUUCUAAACCAAAUAUUGUUGGCUAAAGAUUAACUAGUAUUGUUUUAUAAAACUAUUAAAAGCCUAAUCAAAUGUAUGCUGAAGUUUAAAAAGUAAUAGUUAUGAAAAUGAUUGUGGUACUGGUGGUGGCAGUUAAAUACAUUUCUGUUAAGAGCUAUAAUCUUUGUAAGCUUGUGUAAGCCCUUUAAUUCUCGUCUCAGUUGAUUAUAAAAUAAAACUUUUGAAAGAAAAAAUAUUGUUGUGUUUGAGAGCACAUUUUGUCCUUGUUUACUUUGGUAAAACUUCAUAAUCUAAACUAACAUCUGCUGUGUAUUAUCAUCAAAAGUGUACUGUACAGUAUCUUAUGAUAAGAAAAUAAAAUGAAAAAAAAAAAUCCUUUAAGCUCACAUAAAAGUGAAAAUAAACCAAAAAGUAUAUUUAUCCCCUCUGAUUUUCUAGUAUUUCUUUCAAAAAUGUAAUUAUUUUGACAGUAGAAUUCAAUUUAAUUGCAGCCGGCACAAUUUUAAAUGUAUUUGUAAUAUAUCGUACCCAGCAACUUGAAAUAAAUUUGCAAUUAUAAACUUACCUUAUUAUCUGU